AUGUCGAGUUUUUUUCUACAAAAAGAAGAUAGUGGCUUAUCUGAUAGACAGAUAAAUUUAAUAAAUAAUGCAUUAAUAAAAGCCUUUGUAGUUUGUGGUAUUCCAUUCUCUGUAAUUGAGAAUCCUUUUUUUAUUGACUUCCUUCAAAGUUUGUGUCCAAGUUAUCAACCACCAUCAAGAAAAGUAUUAGCAAAUAAAUUGUUAAACCAAGAGCAUUCUAAAAUUAUAAUAAAAUGUUCACAUACUUCUGAUUUUCUUGUAGACAAAAUUGAGUAUGUUAUAAAUGAAAUUGGAAAUGACAAAUUUGCAGCAAUUGUCUUUGAUAAUGCUAGUAAUAUAAAGCUUGCUUGA